UUGGAAGCAUUCAGAAUGUUACAAGCUGCUCCUGUUGGAAGAGAGUGAAUCUCUUCAGCAGGAAAGAUACAGGAAGAGCCUCGCCAUUACUUCUUUCUGAUUGCUUGGUAAUAGUGAUUAAGUGGCGGUGGCCUUAGCAGCAGCACCACCUCCGUAUCAGCCUACACUUUAUGAUUCCACCAAACCUUGUCUGAACAAAGAAAUUGUUGGAAGAGUAUAAUCUUCCACCCUGUUGGAAGCUGCCCAGACCACAGAUCAGAGAUGGAAGAGGAAGGUUCAUCUGGCUUUGAAGCAGACAGAGGCCCGGAUGCCAUCAAUGCUUGGAACAGUGGAGAAUUCUGGGAAAGAGCUAUGCAGAAUAUCUUGGAUGGAGACACCCUCAUCUCAGAUAUACAGCGUCAGCGUUUCAGGCAGUUCUGCUACCGGGAGGCUGAGGGGCCCCGAGAGGUUUGCAGACGACUCAGUGACCUUUGCUAUCAGUGGCUGAAGCCAGAGCGACUCACAAAGAACCAGAUUCUGGAUCUGGUGAUCCUGGAGCAGUUCCUGGCCAUUCUGCCUGCAGAGAUGGAGAACUGGGUCAGAGAAUGCGGACCAGAGAGCAGUUCCCAGGCAGUGGCCCUGGCUGAAGGUUUCCUCCUGAAUCAGGCAGAGAAUGAGGAGGAAGAGCAGGUCCAAGAACUCUUGGUGAAAGGGACCACUAAUUUCCUCGAGGCCGGGCAGGUACCUUCAGGCACCAGACAGAAUCUACCGUUCAGGUGGAUCGUGCAGGAGGAUGACAAAGGUGCCACCUCACCUGGCAGUGAAAUCCAGCUGGCAAUGUGUACUGCGUUAUCGAUGAGUCAUGAAGUGCAAAUAUCUGACUGGCAAUUCAAUCAGGGUCCGGUGACCUUUGAGGAUGUGUCUGUGCAUUUCACCGAGGAGGAGUGGGCUCUGCUGGAUCCGGGCCAAAGAGCUUUGUACAAGGAAGUCAUGGAAGAUAAUUACGGGGUUGUGGCCUCCUUGGCGUGCGAUGGGUUGCUAAGUGAGAAUGAAGGACGGCUUUUGGGGAUGUCAUUGGAAAAAGCGAAUUUUAGAGAAUGGCGAAGGAGAAAUAGAGCAGGAGAAGCUGAGAAGACCAAUGAAUUCUCCACCUUGCAUGAUGGCAUCUUCUAUGAAAUGGUGAUCCAAGAAAAAAUGGACAAAGGAAUUGAAAGGGAGAUGUGCCUGCUGUGUGGCAAAAGCUUCCGUUGUAAAUCCAGCUUAAAUUAUCACUUGAAAACUCACACGGGAGAAAAACCAUAUAAAUGCCUGGAGUGUGGAAAAAAUUUCAUUCGGAGAUCGGAACUUAGCUACCAUCAAAGAAUUCACACAGGGGAGAAACCGUUUCAGUGUUUAGAGUGUGGAAAGAAGUUUAGUCAGAAGACGAGACUAAUCAGACAUCAGAGAGUACAUACAGUUGUCAAAAUGAACGAGUCAGCCAAUAAGAGACAAAGGGCUUACUUUUUCCACCAAGAGUGGGAAGAGAUGUAUUGUUUUGUGGAGUUGAAAGGCAAAUACAUGUGCUUGCUCUGCUCUUCAAGCAUUACAAUCCCAAAGAAGUACAACUUCCGGAGGCAUUUUGAGAAGCAUCACAGCACUUUUGCUGAGAACUACCCAGUUGAUUCCGAGCUUCGGAAAAAGGAAGUGAAUGAAUUGAAGUCAAAAUUGGCCAUACAACUGUCGCUGCUCACUCGGGCUGUGGAGCAAUCCAAGAAUACUAUGAUUGCAUCUUUUAAAAUUGCAAGCUUACUUGCUAAGAGACAGAAAUCUCUUGAGGAUGGAGAACUGUUAAAAGAGGCAUUUUUGACGGACGGUGACUUACUUUUUGAAGAUUUUUCCAGUAAAAAUGAAAUUAUUGCCGCAAUUCAAAAUGUGCAGCUGUCGGAAAGCACAGUUAUCCAAAGUAUCAAGGCAAUUUCAGGUGACUUGGCACAUCAGCUGCAAAGCGAUUUGCAGAAAUGUCUUUGGUUUUCACUUCAGCUCAACACAUCUGCAAACGUAAAAGACUCUUUGCAGUUGGCCGUCAUUGUGAGGAUGGUAUUUAGUGAUAUUUCUGUGAAGGAAGAGCUGCUCAAAAUGCUGCCUCUGAAGGGAAGAACAAGAGGUGAGGAUAUAUUUCAGGCUUUCAAAAAUCAUGCUGCAGAAAUAAAUUUGCCUCUUCACAAACUGGCAUCCAUCAGCAGUGAUGGGGCACCAGCAAUCGUGGACCACAUCAGUGGGUUCAUUACCCACUGCCAGAAAGAUGACUCUUUCCCAAAGUUUGUUUCAUAUCACUGCAUCAUUCACCAGGGAGCACUGUGUGCUGAAGUUCUCCAGUUUAAACAUGUCAUGGAUAUUGUCACAAAAAUAAUAAACUGUAUCCGAGGCGUCUCCUUGCAACACAGGCUUUUAAAGGCGCUUCUGAAGGACGUUGAUGCAGAUUACCACAGUCUCCUUUUGCACACUGAAGUUAGAUGGCUGAGUGAUGGAAAAGUUCUGGCCAGUUUUUUAAACCUGAUUGGUGAAAUAAAGCAGUUUUUAAGGACUUAUGUUGAGCAACUUGAUAAUAGACUUUGGUUGAUGGACUUGGCUUUCCUUGCUGACUUCAUGCAGAAACUAAACGGUUUGAACAUUGAGUUUCAGGAAAAAGGUAAGCAUAUAUCUGCCAUGGUCACUUUGGUCAAUUCAUUCAAAGGUAAACUAAAGUUGUGGAAAUCUCACUUGCAGAGAAAAUCCCUUCUUCACUUCCCUUCAAUGAAACAAGUUGUUGGCGAAGGUGAUUUCAACAAUGUGCCAUUUGUGGGCCGUCUCCAGACAUUUGAGGAACAACUGCAUGCGCGAUUUCAGUUGUUCACUGACAUUGAACCUGCUGUGUCAUUUUUAGUAAACCCGUUCAGUCCAAUUGGCGUCACAGAAACGGCGGCAUCCAUUGGAGAAUUGUGUCAGGCGGGAGUUGAAGAAAUAGAAAUAGAGAUUGUGGGCCUUCAGAAUGAUCUAAUUUUAAAAGCUAAUUCAAGUGAUGACAACUUUUGGAACCUGGUGGAUUCACAAAAGUUUCCUUUGUUGAAAGAGACGGCUGCAAAGGUAAAAUCUUACUUUGGAUCAACUUAUCUGUGUGAGUCACUCUUCUUAGCCAUGAAUGUAGUCAAUUCCAAAAACAGAACACGGCUGACUGAUGAGAACCUGGACAACUACUUGCGAGUGGCGAUCUCAUCGUACACCCCCAAUUAUGGCAAGCUUGCAGAUGACAUGCAUUGUCAAGCAUCAUGCUAGUCUGGAGCAAUUUGUCCAAUUACUGGUCUUGUAUAAUUUUCCAUCAUUCUGUCACUGGCUCUGCAUUCCCCCAUCUCCCCCGGCUGCAGCCACUUUGUGAUGGCUCUCUCAAGAUUUCUACUCCAUAUUCACGAGCGCUCUGUCUGGGUCUCAGGUGUAACUAAUGGGUCCAGGUAAAGUGGGUUUGAGUAGCCUAUGUAAUACUUUACUGCUUCGUGUCAUUGCAGUAGGCGCUUCGUAGUGACUUUUACUCACUAAGUAAAUAAAUACUCAGUGGCACAUGUAAAUAAAUACUACAUUACUCUAAAUUUACUUUUCCAACAAGUCUUUUAAGUAGAGAUCUUUUAAGCGACCUUGAUAGGCUGGAGCAUGGGGCUGAAAACAACAGAAUGAAAUUCAACAGGGAAAAAUUCAAAGUUCUACACUUCGGAAAAAGAAACCAAAUGCACAGUUAUAAGAUGGGGGAUACUUGGCUCAGCAAUACGACAUGUGAGAAGGAGCUUGGGAUUGUUGUUAAUCACAAGCUGAAUAUGAGCCAACAGUGUGAUGUGGCUGCAAAAAAGGCAAAUGCUAUAUUAGGCUGCAUUAACAAAAGUAUAGUUUCCAAAUUGUGAGAAGUAUUAGUUCCCCUCUAUUCAGCACUGCUUAGGCCUCAUCUUGAAUACUGUGUCCAGUUCUGGUCUCCGCACUUCAAGAAGGAUGCAGACAAACUGGAACAGGUUCAGAGGAGGGCAACAAGGAUGAUCAGGGGACUGGAAACAAAGCCCUAUGAGGAGAGACUGAAAGAACUGGGCAUGUUUAGCCUGGAGAAGAGAAGACUGUGGGGAGAUAUGAUAGCACUCUUCAAGUACAUGAAAGGUUGCCACACAGAGGAGGGCCGGGAUCUCUUCUCGAUCAUCCCAGAGUGCAGGACACUGAAUAAUGGGCUCAAGUUACAGGAAGCCAGAUUAAGACUGAACAUCAGGAAAAACUUCCUAACUGUUAGAGCCAUACGACAAUGGAACUAAUUACCUAAAGAAGUAGUGGGCUCUCCGACACUGGAGGCAUUCAAGAGGCAGCUGGACGGCCAUCUGUUGGGAAAGCUUUGAUUGAUUGAGUUUAUUUGUAUGCCACCUUUCCAAAGCAAGCUGUGCCCAAAGUGGCUUACAACAAAGAGAAGUCAGUUUACAAAGCAUAAUAAAUUCAAGCAGAACAAAAAUCAACAAUGUAAAAAUAUAAAAUAAAUUCAGUAUUACAAAAGAAAUAAUCUAGAUUGAAAUACAUUAAGUACAAUGUGAAUAAGUACAUUUUUAGCUUAACUGAGAUAAAAUACAGCUAAAUUAAACUAUUACUCUAUUUACAUACCUAAAAUACAAAUUUUGUUCACAUUUAUACAUUUGCAAAGUGAGUGAAGACACACAGAUCAAAGUAAAAGCAAAUGGAUUAUAGAACAUUUCCUAAAACAUUAUUCAGACUUCAGUGUGGUGUGUUUCCUGAAGUUGGUUUUCUCAGCUGAGAACCAUGGGCCAUGUGGUGGAGCCACUAGUAACCAAAAUCUACUCCAAGGCAUGUCAUAUACCACGUCCAUGGCAAGUCCCAUAGUUUUCCCACACCUAAAUAUAUGCUGUCAACUCAACAGUUCUAGACAACAUAUAAGGCAGAGCAAAUAAUUCAGACAACCCAGUGUCUAAAUGUUUCCCAUCAUCUAUGAUUUUUCAUCCAAGUAUUGUAUAUAAAAAAAUAAAAUGCAGAAUUCUUAAAAU